CUCUGGUUGGAUUAUUCUUCUAGGUCGCCGUUUCUUCUUUCCCAAUCGCCAUUAUAGUAUAUACAAUACGAUCCAUUCACUUUUCAUUCACUGACCUCUAGGAACUGGCCAGAUUUCUGAUCCUAUUCAGCUUUCUCUCGUUAAUCCUUGACGCGACACGCCCUCGCAACACAUACCUCCUACUACAUAUACUAUCCUCGAUGCCAAUGGCCUACCCUCGGAGAAACUACCUCCACACCAGAAGCUUGCUAGCAGGAUCUCCCUGGAUUCUCUGCCCCCCGUCCCCAUUCUGAGCAGGUGCUCAAUGGCUCCGAAAAACCCUCUGUCCCACGCGAAAUCACCCGCCGUCACCCGAAACGUCAAGCAUGUCGUGCUAGGCGACCUGCUCUUCCAGACCUGGUACCAGUCCAUCUACCCGGAGGAUCUGGUCAGCAAAGACACGGACCGGCUCUACGUGUGUCGCUGGUGCUUCCGCUACUCGUGCGACGCUGACGCCUACGCGAACCACACGCGGGCCUGCCUCCACCGCACGACGCCCCCCGGCUCCAAAGUCUACGACCACGGCGGCUACUCGGUCUGGGAGGUCGACGGGGAAUACAACAAGUUGUAUGCGCAGAACCUGUCGCUCUUUGCCAAGUUGUUCCUCGAUCAUAAAUCCGUGUUCUUCGACGUCUUCUCCUUCCUUUACUACCUUCUCGUCUACACCAACCCCGAAGAUUCGAGCUACCAUGUCCUGGGCUUCUUUUCGAAGGAGAAGCUCUCCUGGGACGCCAACAAUCUGGCCUGCAUACUGGUCUUUCCGCCCUACCAGCACAAGCAGCUCGGGAAGCUGUUGAUGGGCGUCAGUUACAAGCUCAGCGGCUGGGAACACGACCCCGGCUUGAUUGGCGGUCCGGAGAAGCCACUGAGUGAAAUGGGCAGUCGCAGCUACAGUCGCUUCUGGGAGGAACGGAUCGCGAGAUAUAUACUCCUGCGGGACGCUCAGUCCGGAGACGCUCAGGAUUCACCGCAGCAAAAACAGAAAACUCCCAAGGGGACUCGGAAGCGACCACCCCAUGAGAUUAUGACGGUUCAGGAUAUCGGACUGGCGACGGGAAUGCUGACGGAGGAUGUGAUCACGGCACUGAAAGGAAUGGGGGCCGUUGAGACGGCGACACCAUCCAAGAAACGCAAGAUGCCCCGUACGUCGACCGACGGCCCCGAUGAGAGCGAGCCGGUCAUCAUACGGAAAUCAAAAAUACUAGAAUGGGCAAAGGCUCACAAAACUACCUUGGACGACCCCAUUAAAGACGAUGGAUUUGUUGGAGAGUGGGCGCCCAAAGGCAUUAAAGAGGUUAGUCUGACUUCUGACGAGGAAGGAGAAGGGGAGCAGGAUGAACAGGACGAAAAAGAGGUGGAAAAGGAUGAUGAGUAUCUCACGGCAUGAGGUUUUGUAUCUAUAGAGCAGUCUGCUUAAAAUAUCCUAAUAAACGACCCAGAUACGGG